CCGGCACCAGCUGCAGCUCCAGCCGCUGCCCCAGCUCCAGCAAACCCCAACCAAGCUGAGGGACAGGAAGAGGCACCUCCUCCGCCUCCGCCCAUCGUCAUCAACAGAUAUUCAGACGACCAGCUCAGAUCUAUAAUCACAAAAAUGAGAGAAAGACAGACAAUCUACAGGGAGAAAGUGAUUGAUCAGUAUGCCUCAUCCCCUGAGAUAACCCCUCCUGUCACGCCACUGCUACAGAAAGAAGAGUACGCCAAAGUGAUAGAGGAAAGGACCAAACUCGCAGAGGAGGAGCGGAUAAAGAAGGAGGAGGCAGACAAAAAGAAGAAGGAGGAGAUGGAGAAGAAAAAGAAGGAAAACGAGCAGAAGAAGAAGGAGGAAGAGGAGAAAAGGAUAGAAGAGGAGAAGAAAAUAAAGGUGCCUUUUAAGACAAAGUUAAUCACAGCUUACUGGUCCUCUGUGGACUUUGUGCUGAAGCCACUGGAGGACAGAAUGGACUCUGUGUUGGGACACACCAUCGAUCCCUUCACUGAUCGCCGCUACAUCGCCUGGUUGAGCAUGGUGACUCUGGCCUUCAAUUACAACACCUGGUUUGUCACCGCCCGGCUGUGUUUUCCAUAUCACACUGAGACCGCCAUACCGUACUGGUUUGCCAUGGACAUCGUGGCUGACCUCAUCUACGUCACAGAUGCCAUCUUGUUUCAGCCUCGCAAACAGUUUGUCAAAGGGGGCGACAUCAUAAAAGACCGUUCCAUGACUAAGAAGCACUACAGAGACUCGGAGCGAUGCUUGGCAGAUGUGGUGUCCAUUCUGCCGUUUGACUUGUUGUACGCACAGUUUGGAUUUAAAUCAAUUUUCAGAGCCAAUCGAAUACUGAAGGUGGACACAUUCUUUGAGUUCAGUGAUCGCUUGGAAAGCAUCAUGGCCAAGGCUUAUAUCUGGAGAGUUAUCCGCACCAUUGGCUAUCUCCUCUUCAUGCUUCACCUCAACGCCUGUUUCUAUUAUGUGGCCUCUGAGUAUCAAGGCAUCGGAAAGACAAAAUGGGUUUAUUCUGGCCUUGGUAGUGCGUAUCUACGUUGUUACUACUUUGCUGUGCGCAGUCUGAUCAACAUUGGGGGUCUAAAUGAACCCCACACCGUCUUUGAAAUUUCCUUUCAGAUGACUAACUUUUUCACGGGGGUCUUUGUGUUCUCCAGUUUGAUCGGACAGAUGAGAGAUGUCAUUGGUGCAGCUACAGCAGGACAGACCUACUUUAGAGCCUCCAUGGACAACACUGUAGCCUACAUGGUGACCAACCACAUUCCCCCCUUGGUGCAGAACCGAGUCCGCACCUGGUACACAUACACAUGGGAUGCUCAGGGCAUGCUGGAUGAGUCAGAGUUACUGGAUAAGAUGCCUCUGGUCAUGAGAACCGCCAUCGCUGUGGACAUCAACCUUGCCACAUUUCAGAAGAUUGACCUUUUCAAGGGCUGUGACCAGCAGAUGUUGGUGGACAUGUUACUGCGACUCAAGUCCAUCAUCUACCUGCCCGGAGACUUUGUUGUGAAAAAAGGUGACAUCGGUAAAGAGAUGUACAUCAUCAAAAGUGGAGCGGUGCAGGUGGUGGGAGGACCUGACAACAGCAUUGUGUUUGUCACGCUGAAAGCUGGAUGUGUGUUCGGAGAAAUCAGUUUGUUACAGUCUUCCAAAGACGGAGGAAACAGGAGGACGGCUAAUGUCAAAGCUUAUGGUUUUGCUAACCUUUUUGUCCUGGAGAAGAAAGACUUGUUUGACAUUCUUGUCCAUUACCCGGAGUCCCAGAAGGUGUUAGCCAGGAAGGGCAGGAAACUAAUGAAGGCCAAAGGUCCAGCAGCAGCUAAGGCAGAAGAGGACAAGAAGAAAGGGCUGGCACUGUUUGGACAAAAACCACAAACUCCUAAAUUUCUGCGAGCCUUCGGAGGAACCAUUAACAAGACCCUGAUUGACAAAGUCAAGGUAAGACAUGCUGUCAUUCAUUUCCCGUAACCUAAGAGUCAGAUGAUUUCAUCAUAAAUCAUUUGAUUUAAAUUUCUUUUUGUCUGCCCUUCUUCACAGGCUUCUGCUCAAAAUCAAAACUGAGAACUUGGUUUAAUUUAAUUAACUCCUUUUUGGGAGUACAGCUUAUUACUUUUUUUUUUUUUACAAUAUGUGUGUUUUGUUAUUAUUUAACUCUAUAUGACCUUUCAUAUUAUAUUUGGCUCAUGGGUUUCUGUGUACUUUAACUUAGUAGAGUGAUAACAUUUUCCUCAAAAACUCAUUACAUACAACUUAGUUCAUGUUUCUGCCCUGUAGUUCAUCAUCAUUCCACUAGGGGCAGUUGAAGGGCUUUUCCUGCUCAUUUCAAAAUGGCUGCCUCCGUGAACACUUUUGGUGGAAAAAAAAUGAGCUAGUUUUCAAAACUUUAUGGCAAGAAUAACUGAUGUAUUGCUAUUCAUUUUUUAAAUGACUACUUGCUGUAUUGAAAGAAUGCAAAAUUUAUUAAUAAUUGAUUCUUUAUAAUACAGUUAAGUUAACAGUCAAGUUAAAAAUGUGUAUCAAAAUUAGGACAGUGGGUAAAACAGAUGCUUCUUUCCUGAACAUUCAUGUAAACACUCAUGGAUCUUUAACUAAGAGUUACCAAAUCACCCAACAUAUGAUAAUUAAUCUAUAUCUAAUUAAAAAUAUUAUUGCUUUUUUUAUAUCAAAUGGUUUAAAGACAUCUUAU